CAAAAGAUUUUUCUUACUGUCCUAGGCUUUUGGGCAGGCCCAUACCAAUCACAAGAAGGUAGCAGCAGAUGGAGAGAGUAGAGAGGAGACCUUGAUUCAGGAAUCGGCUACCAAGGAAGAGUACUACAUGAAGAAGGUUAUGGAGCUGCAGACAGAAUUGAAGCAGCUCAAAAAUGUCCUUGCCAACACCCAGUCUGAAAAUGAACGCCUUAAUUCUGUUGCACAGGAACUGAAAGAGGCCAAUCAGAAUGUGGAGAUCCAAAGGGCCCGCCUGCGAGAUGAUAUUAAGGAAUAUAAAUUCCGAGAAGCCCGUUUGCUGCAAGACUACACUGAGCUUGAAGAGGAAAACAUCUGUCUCCAGAAACAAGUGUCUGUCCUGAAGCAAAAUCAGGUGGAGUUUGAAGGUCUGAAACAUGAAAUCAAAAGACUUGAGGAGGAAACAGAAUUUCUCAACAGCCAGCUGGAAGAUGCCAUCCGGCUGAAGGAGAUCUCUGAACGUCAGCUGGAAGAGGCCUUGGAGACGCUGAAGACGGAGCGAGAGCAGAAGAACAACCUUCGUAAGGAGCUGUCUCACUAUAUGAACAUCAAUGACUCCAUGUACAACAGUCACCUGAACAUCUCUCUGGAUGGUCUGAAGUUCAGUGAUGAAGCCACGGAGCCCAACAAUGAUGAAAUCAUGAAUGGGUUUGAACAAAAUUGCCUCAGCAAACACAGCAAUGGCAAGAACAACACAUCAACCCCCAAGAAAAAUGAAGGCUUCCCCCCAGCCCCAAGUCUGGUUUCAGAUCUUCUCAGUGAAUUAAACAUUUCUGAAAUCCAGAAGCUGAAACAACAGCUUGUGCAGAUGGAAAGAGAAAAAGUGAAUUUGUUAACGACGCUACAGGAAUCUCAGAAACAGCUGGAAAACACACGGGGGGCCCUCUCAGAGCAGCAUGAGAAAGUUGGCAGACUUACUGAAAACCUGAACGCAAUGAAGAAGCUCCAGGUCAGCAAGGAGCGUCAGUCUGCCCUGGACAACGAGAAGGACCGAGACAGCCAUGAAGAUGGAGAUUAUUAUGAAGUUGACAUCAAUGGACCAGAGAUCCUGGAGUGCAAAUACAAAGUGGCUGUGGCAGAGAUUACUGACCUAAAAGAAGAACUUAAAAAUCUUAAGGCCAAAUACAAAGAAUGUGAGUCUAAGUAUGAGGAAGAGAAGAACAGAUAUGAGACCGAGAGCCAAGCUCUUACGGAAAAGAUCGCGUCGUUAGAAAAAUCCAGUAGGCAUGAUAGAGAGCAAGUAGCCAGACUGGAAAAGGAGCUGAAGAAAGUCAGUGAUGUUGCUGGAGAAACACAGGGCAGUCUCAGUGUGGCCCAAGAUGAACUAGUCACCUUCAGCGAGGAGCUGGCCAAUUUAUACCACCAUGUCUGCAUGUGCAACAAUGAAACUCCAAACAGAGUGAUGCUGGAUUACUACAAAGAAGGCAAAGGAGGACGCAGUAGUCCAGAGGCCAAGGGAAGGAGGUCUCCUAUUCUUCUCUCUAAAGGGCUGUUAACGAUUGAUCUAGGAAAGGCAGAGAAUGGAAGCGGUGACAGCAGCCCAUCUCCAGUGUCAUCUCUGCCAUCUCCCGUGUCAGAUCCUCGGAAGGAACCGAUGAACAUUUACAACUUGAUAGCUAUAAUCCGUGAUCAGAUCAAACAUCUGCAAGCUGCUGUGGACAGAACAACUGAGUUGUCCAGGCAGCGUGUUGCCACUCAAGAACUUGGGCCAGUGGUGGACAAAGACAAGGAAGCUCUCAUGGAAGAAAUCCUGAAGUUGAAGUCCUUGCUGAGCACCAAGAGAGAGCAGAUAGCAACUCUGAGAACUGUGCUCAAGGCCAACAAACAGACUGCAGAAGUAGCUCUUGCCAACUUAAAAAGCAAGUAUGAAAAUGAGAAAGCUAUGGUUACGGAGACGAUGAUGAAGCUGCGAAAUGAGCUGAAGGCUUUGAAAGAAGAUGCUGCUACCUUUUCUUCCCUGAGAGCAAUGUUUGCUACAAGAUGUGACGAAUAUGUCACACAGCUGGAUGAAAUGCAGCGGCAGCUCGCAGCAGCUGAAGAUGAGAAGAAGACUCUGAACUCCUUGCUUCGGAUGGCAAUCCAGCAGAAACUGGCACUGACCCAGCGCCUGGAGCACUUGGAGCUGGACCACGAGCAGUCCAAAAGGGUGCGCACAAAAUCUGCUUCCAAAGCCAAGAGCAGUAACCCUACUCUGUAGAAUAGUCCAUGGAGAAGGCCUUUCCAACAGUGCAACAGCAUUUCUUAGCCUCUUUCAUUAUGGUUAUAAGUGGUAGCCCAUUGCACAAAGAAUGCAAACCACUGCCCCGAUCCUAACUUUUGAAAACACCUUUCCCUGUGUACUACCUGAAACUUUCCUUUUAUGUCUCAAGCUAUAAAACAAACAAGCUUUACCUAUAAGUGCUGCUGCAGUAAGAAAACUUACAAGUGCUGAAGAAACCUACUUCAAAUGUAACGACCACCACGUUAGUUUAUGAUCUACUAGAAAUGUUUGGAUGGGGGAAUUUCUUAUUUCAUUGCAGACGCUCAUUGUUCAUCUGAUCAUUAAACCUGUGCACUUUUGAUAUUUUGAUAUUUUUCUUUAGCUUCUUUAAUUCCUUAUGUAGAAGAGUUUAUAUAAAUGCAGUGGUUUGUGCUCAUAGUUCCUCUCCAACUUCGACUUCUGAUGGUUGAUUUCUACAUCAGCAUGUGGCAGAGAUUUUUUUUUGGCUCUAGAUGUGUUUAGAAAAGAGUUUCAACACAAAACAGGAGCUCUGCUAAACUAUAUGUGUGCUGUGCUUCAGCAGCUUUUUAUUAUUAUGAAAUGUUAAGCUUUAUAUGUUUAAAUUACUGAUUUUUUUUUUUUUAACUGCCAUAUUCAUUAAGAAAUCCAGGGUAUUCAAAUUCUGGGGUUUUUUUCAUAUUGUAUUAUUAUUCUUAGGAAUAGUUCAAUGUAACAAGAAGAAAACUUGACUUUGCUCUGGUUAAAACAGUAAUAGGCACUUGAAAAGUAUAAAAUAAGUAGUAUUACCUAUAAAUUCCAGAAUUCCUGGGUUUUAGGAAGUUGAAGUAUUAAUGAUUAACAGAAUUUUAUACAACUGUACCAGUUAAAUUCCAAAUUGGAAUUGUUUUGUUACUUUUUCAUUUUUAUUGUGCCAAAUUAUGGUACAUCUAGAAAGAAAAAUUCUAAAGUUGUCAAUGAUAGGGUGUUAUCUAUCAGCGCCUUCUGUCAUUAAUUAUUGCCAGUAGUGCCUUUAAACAUUUGAAGGGAGAACCUUAGAAUAGCUUCGUCUAUACAAGAAGAAACGGAAUGGCUGUUCUGGAAUUUAGCGAAGACGUGGAGCAAUAAGUGCAAAGUGAACUCCCCUUUCGCACAUUUUUAAUGGGUAGUCUUACUGUACUAGAGGUGGUAUAUUCAAGGAAUUGUAAAAAAUUCUGUUAGUCAAUGAUAUUUCAUCGUGCAAAUCCUUACAAAUUCAGGGGAAGAGAGGGAAGAGAAAAAAA